GGUGAGCCCCAGCCCUCCGUGGGGCGCGAGCGCAGGCGAGGUGCUCGAGCCACCAGCCCUCCCAAAGCCUCCCCCGCCAGAGCCCUCCAGAGGACCGACCAACUCACCAGAGCAGUGGGCAGCCAGCAGUCCCUCCCGACGCUGCCGGGAUGGAGAGUCGGCAGAACAACGCCACCGAGGAGCCUGAGAUCGAGCUGUUCGUGAAGGCUGGUAUCGAUGGAGAAAACAUCGGAAACUGCCCCUUCUGCCAGCGCCUCUUCAUGGUGCUGUGGCUCAAAGGGGUCAAGUUCAACGUCACCACGGUGGACAUGACCAGGAAACCUGAAGAGUUGAAAGAUUUAGCACCGGGCACUAACCCACCCUUCUUGCUGUUCAACAAGGAGUUGAAAACAGACUUCAUUAAGAUCGAGGAGUUCCUGGAGCAGACCCUGGGCCCACCCACGUAUCCGCACCUGAGCCCCAAAUACAAGGAGUCCUUCGACGUGGGGAGCGACAUCUUUGCCAAGUUCUCGGCAUAUAUCAAGAACCCACGCAAGGAAGCAAAUAUCAAUUUCGAGAAGGCCCUGCUGCGGGAGUUCCAGCGGCUGGAUAUCUACCUAAACACGCCUCUUCCCGAGGAGAUUGACCAGGACAGUGUGGAGGACAUCACCGUCUCCAAGAGGAAAUUCCUGGACGGAGACCACCUGACGCUGGCUGAUUGCAACCUCCUGCCCAAACUGCAUAUCAUCAAGAUCGCAGCCAAAAGGUACCGCGACUUCGAGAUCCCAGCAGACAUGACGGGUGUCUGGCGCUACCUCAACAACGCCUACGCCUGCGAUGAGUUCAGCCACACGUGCCCCGCUGAUGAGGAGAUAGAGCACACCUACGCCAGCGUCGCCAGGAAGAUGACCUAACCCGGGGUGCGCUGGCAGCGCUGCCCCUGGCCGAGCCCCCCAACCCCACACUCCUGACGCAACCGGACCCCAGCCGAGGGAGGGACUGGAGGGGGUUUAUGGUGUCGCUACCACCUGCCUUUCAGAAAUAGCGCCUUGCUUCACAGCUCCCCGCCACUCCCUCCUCCUCCUCCGCCAGCUGGGUGCCUGCACGGACCGGUCCCUGCCCAGCUGCUGUGGGCACUGCAUCCCUGCUCCCCAAAAAUGGCUCUCACGGCCUGUGACCAUGCGUCGUGGGAAAAGCCGAGCACUGGCCUUCCGCAGUGGCACUUCAGUGGCAGAGCUGAGACCCCCCAGGGCUGGGCCAGCCCUGCCGCCCCCUCUGCUGCCAGAGCCGCUCUGCUCUGCCAGCUCCACGCGGUCCCAGCGGUCCCAGCCAUCCCCUGCACACGGGAAGAGGCAUCCCGGGAUCCCAGUGCAUCGCUGUUUGAAUUCGCCCGGUUGCCCUUCUGUACAGCACCCUGCAGCCUGCUUUGGGCAAGCCCUCUCUUCCACCAAGGCUCCAUCGGAAGCCACCGAAAGGCUCAGCCCCAGUAGUUUACUGCAGUGAGAAAUUGUUCUUACUGCUAGCGAGCUGUAACGUGCAUCUGACCCCUCAUUAGGACAUGGAGGGGACGAUGCCUGGUGUGAAAGUGCCAGGACCUGCUGUGGAAAGGAAGGAGGGGUGUGGGGACUCGCGAAGGGCUGAGGAUGGAGGGCUGAGGAUCAGGACAUCCCUCCCAUGUGUGCCAGCACCCAGGGCCACGUGCUGCUGGCUGCAAGGUCCCGCCUGGCUCCUGUGAGCUAAGAAACCUCUCCCUGCCUUGCAGGACGCUGCAGGAGGUGCAGCCAUGGGCAGCUCCAGCUCCACCACCCCUCCCUGCUCCCCACCAACACUUCAGGUGCCUGACUGGGAGAUGGAGGUACGGGGUAGGGCAUCCAUCUGGUUUCCACACCCCUGUACCGGACAGCCUGAGAGAGCAGGCAAAAGCUGCUUUGCAAAGCGCCAUGUCUGUAGGAGAUACGUGGGCAGGUUUGGUGCUCCCUGGCUCAGCCUUGUCCAGUGCCGCUGAUGCAAGAGGAGCCAAAGCCGCUCUGCACAGCCGUGACAUCCCGUCCUCCCCCACCUGACACCUCCAGCUCCCCCAAGGGCUCCUGCUGUGAAUUCAGCCAGCCUUCCCCAGCCAGCCCCGCGGGCUAAAAAAUACUGUACAGUGAGCGAGGUGGGUCCUGCAGGGACGCGGCGACGGCAGACACCCCCUCCAGCCCUCACUGCCACUUCCCUCUUUGCACUAAAAUGAGUGUCCUUGCAAGCCUGCCUCUGAUAGCAAUGGGUUUGGGGACGGGUUUUGUUACUAAUGGAUUUUGGUUUGUUUGGGUUUUUUAAACUGAGAACAGCAAUAAACUGUAUUUUAAUAUGCC